CGGCAGGAGCCCACCGGAGGGCAGGGUCAGGAGCCACGCCAGCCCCUGGGGGAGAGGCACCCCGGGCAGGACGCCGAGGUUUGGAGAGCCAGGCUGGGAGAAGGGAAGCUGGGCUGGCCUGGCUGCGGAGGACAGAAGACGGGGUGGCCGGCCCACCCCCCCUGCCCCAACCCAGCCUCCACCCCUGCCCAUGGAGGCUGACUCAGCCCAUUCUUGGGCCCAGAACCUUCCCUGUGCUAGACCCCGGGGCCUUUGUCCCCAUAGUCAUGAGGUCUGAGGGGGUGGGGACGCUGCUGAUAAAAGGCCCGCGAGACAGCUCUGUGCGCCUCAGAGCUGCGGCCCAUAUGCAGCCCCGGACGCAGCCCCUCGCCCAGGCCCUGCCUUUCUCCUUCAGAAGGGCCCUGUGGGGCACUGGGUUCCAGGUGCCGGUCAUGAAGACGGGCACAGGAUGGGAGGGCCUGCAGCAGACCCUGAAGGAAGUUGCCUACAUCCUCCUCUGCUGCUGGUGCAUCAAGGAACUGCUGGAUUGAUGCCCCGGGACCGCCCCCGCCCCGCCCGCCCCUGCACCGCUCAGCGCCGGGCCCUGCCCCCAUCGAGCACCCCCCCCCCCCCGGGCCCCCACCUCCAGGCCAGCUGUGCUUGACCGACGAUGGGCCACAAACAACGGGGGAAGUGUGGACCCUGCUUCGAGUUUGUGCCACGUGCCAGCCUCCGUUCCCGCCCGCACCUCUGCUGGACCUCCGGUGCAGGUGCACGGGAGCUGCCUGGCUGCUGGCCGGGACCCGGAUAAGACUGCCGCGGGACCCGCACCGUGAGCCCACCGGCUUAGAUGGUUGAUUUUUCUGUACUCAGUGCCAGGAAUGGGCUAAGGAUCACGAAACUGCGUGUGCGUGCAUGUGUGUGCAUAAAUGUAUAUGUAUAUAUAUAUAUAUGUAUGUAUGUAUAUACAUAUACCAUCUGCUGUGUGCCAAUCCUGUUGCUCUGAACACAUCAGUGAACAAAACAGGCCCCUGUACUCACAGAGCUUACGUUCUGCUGGGCAGAGGCAGGAAAUAAGAUGUAAACAAAAAAUAAGGAUAUAGAUGUUCUAUAUAAAAUAAAUAGGCCUUGAGGCCAAACGUGC